GGGGAGGAGCCCCUUCAGCGACGGCGCAGUCAGGCCCUGGUGGUGGCGAGUUUUGUGUUCAGUGUAUGGUUCUCCAGGCUAGGCGGUUCUGCUUGGUUUCAGCCAUGGAGGGCGUACGCUGGGCCUUUUCCUGCGGCACUUGGCUGCCGAGCCGAGCCGAGUGGCUGCUGGCUGUUCGAUCGAUCCAGCCCGAGGAAAAGGAGCGCAUUGGCCAGUUCGUCUUUGCCCGGGACGCUAAGGCAGCCAUGGCUGGCCGUCUCAUGAUAAGGAAAUUAAUUGCAGAGAAAUUGAAUAUCCCUUGGAAUAAUAUUCGCUUGCAAAGAACUGCAAAAGGAAAACCAGUUCUUGCAAAAGACUCAUUGAAUCCUUACCCCAAUUUCAACUUUAACAUCUCUCAUCAAGGGGACUAUGCUGUCCUUGCUGCGGAACCUGAGCUACAAGUUGGAAUUGAUAUUAUGAAAACUAGUUUUCCAGGUCGUGGUUCAAUUUCAGAAUUCUUUCAUAUUAUGAAAAGAAAGUUUACCAACAAAGAAUGGGAAACAAUCAGAAGCUUUAAGGAUGAAUGGACUCAGCUGGAUAUGUUUUAUAGGAAUUGGGCACUGAAAGAAAGCUUCAUAAAGGCCAUAGGUGUUGGACUAGGAUUUGAAUUGCAACGGCUUGAAUUUGACAUAUCCCCAUUAAACCUGGAUAUAGGCCAGGUUUAUAAAGAAACGCGCUUGUUUCUGGAUGGAGAAGAAGAAAAAGAAUGGGCAUUUGAGGAAAGCAAAAUAGAUGAGCACCAUUUUGUUGCAGUAGCUCUUCGGAAACCCGAUGGAUCUAGACAUCAGGAUGCUUCAUCUCAAGACGAUUCUAAACCAUCCCAGAGGCAGUUUACUAUUCUUACCUAUAAUGACUUAAUAUCAUCUGCUGUUCCUAUGACCCCCGAAGAUCCUUCAUUUUGGGACUGUUUUUGCUUCACAGAAGAAAUUCUGAUACGAAAUGGUACAAAGUCAUGAUAUGAUAAGUAACAAAGGGAAAUGAAAACUGUUUGUAAUAUUCCAUACUCACAAAAAUAAAUGCCUGAUACUAUCGUUUUAUUUCACAAAAGACUUUGAAAAAGAAAACAACUUUCCAUUAAAAAAGCAUAGUCCCAGUUCAAGAUAGCUUAGCAGAAUAUGUUUACCUUUUCUUUUUUCCCAGAAUUGCAUUGAAUUGACAGAAGAAAUAGAAAAGGGUGGCAGAAUCUUAAGUGAUACAGGCAUGCCUUGUUUUAAAGCACUUUGCUGUAUUGUGCUUCACUUUAUCGUGCUUCACAGGUGUUAACAUUUUUUACAAAUGGAAGGCAAGACCCUCCACCAGCAAAAAGAUUGUGACUUACUUUAUUAUGGUAGUUUGGAACUGAACCCACAGUAUCUCUGAGGCAUGCAAAUAUGCAAUAAGGAAACAUUUAAAUUCCAGUUCUUUGGACAUAACUAUGUCAGAGAUAACUACUUUUAAAACCUUUUUCUUGGCAAAUGAAUUCAUAUUAAUAUACUUGUUUUUUUUUAAAUAAAAAAUGGGAACAUACUAUUUUGUAAAUUUUUUUUCUCUUAAUUGCAUGUCUACUAUUCAUAAAUAACUCUGUGGCAAACCUGUUACUGGCUCUAAAGUAUUCUCUUGUAUGACUGAUACCAGUUAGGAUGCUUUUGACCAGAGGUAACAGUGUCCAAAUUUAAUUCAGAGUUACCAAGAACGUUUAUUAUCUUGUACAACACACAGUUCAGAGGCGUCAUUAAGGACACUUUUUUGCCUCCGCCUCAGGUUGUUUUGCCUUAGGCUUGUUUCGUGGUCAUGAGAGCUGCUGCUAUAACUUCCAGCUUCACAUCUUCAUAAGACUGCAUUUCAGGUCAGGAAAGGCUGUUGUGUUCUCCCCUCACAUCUCAGUUUUGUCAGUGAGGAGCACAUUUCCCACAAGUCCGCAGAAGAUUUCCCUUCGGUUUCCCUUGACUCAGAUCAGAUCACCAAGCCGAUCCUUACCCUCUGGGGGAAAUAGACUCUGUAAAGUAGAAGCUAAGGUGAAGGUGGGAGAAUGGCAUGUAGGGGAAGCCCACUGCCUGCCACAAGGGAGGUGGGCCUCAAUUUACUCAUUUUUCCUCUUUGUUAGACAUUUUGAUUGCCUGCAGACUCUAAGCAGUGGUGCAGUGGUUAUCCUUAUAACCACACUUGAGCUACGUGCUUAAUUAUUUUCUUGAGAAAAUUUCUGGAAGUAGAAUGGUUGGUUCAAAGGGAUUAAACUUUUAGAGCUUUGAUAAGUGUGGCCAAAUUGCUCUCCAGAAUGCCUGUACAACUUAUACUUUCAGUUUGUUUUAUAUCUGUGACCACCUUUUGCCCCCCACCUGCCCUGAUAAGCUAUAGACACUAUCUUUUUUUAACUUAACCUUUGCCAAUAUAUGUGAAAAAUGGUACCUUAUUUUAAUUUGUUUUUUUCAUUACUAAUGAGGUUAGUAUGUCAGUGUUGUUAUUGGCCGCUUCUAUUCCUUUUUUAAUUAACUACCUGUUCAUUGCCUUUGCCUGUUUUGGAUUUUUUUUUUUUUGAGUAAAUAGGAUUUAAUUUAAAGUGGGAACAUAAUAUAUAAAAUGCCAAGACCAUCAUACUGAUGACAGAAUCUGUUGGGUUGUCCAAACAGUUCAUCGGGCUGUAUGAUGGCUCUAGAAGUGCUUAGUUCUCUUUAACUUUUCGAAGUAAUUUUGUUAGAUUGUGUUGUGACAGCAUUCAUAUCAGCAUGCGUUUUAAAAAAAAUCAAAAUUGGUAAAUUUUUUCGUGCAGUCAUUUUGACAUUGAAGAUGGAGGAAAAUAGGCAACUUUUUUUUGCCACUUUAUGCUUUAUUAUUUCAAGAAAGGUAAAAACACAACCGAAACGCAAAAAGAGUUGUGCAUUGUAGGGAGAAGGUGCUGAGACUGCUCAAAUUUGUUAAAAGUGGUUUGCAAAGUUUCUUGGUGCUAUUGACAUUGUGGCCAAAUAAUUCUUUGCUGCAGGGCUGUCUUUUACUCAUUCCAAGAUUUUUAGCAGCAUUCCUGGCUUCUACCCACUGAAAGUCAAUAGCAAGAGAUAGCCCACAUCCUCAAAAUAUCCAAAUCAGUAAAGCUGUUGGUGAAAAUGAAAAGCAUGUCUUAUUUUACAGAAAAAAACUAAACAGACUUUCAAGCCAACCCAGUUUCAUGUUGAUGUAUUGCAUGUCUCCAGGAAUUGGUGUUAUUACUGUUUAAUAUCAAGAAGUGAAAUAAUUUUAUUAUUUCCAUUACCAAAAUUGAAAGUUCUGUGUAAAAUUAGGUACUUGCUUAGUAAAAAGAAAUAAUCAUUGGAAUGUUUUAUAAUUUUUUAUUAAGCAUGCCCAAAUAUUCCAAAUGUAGUAAAUAACGUGUUUUAAACAGAUCACGUAGCAUUUAUAAUAUAGGAAAUAUUAUCUCUAGCAUGAGUGUAAUGGUGAUAGGAAAAACUGUCAUCUGUCUUGUCAUUAUAAUAAAAUGAUUAACAUUGAAUUUUUAUGAGCCAAAUAUUGUGCCAGAUUUUUUGUUUUUCUAUUCUUUCUUAAGCAGUGUUACAUGUACACAUAGUUUAAAGAGUCAGAUCUACAGAUGUUUUUUCUAAAUGAAAAACACCACUAUCUUGAUAUCUUUCCAUUUCCUGUCUCCAGAGUAAGCUCUUAAAACUCUAUUAUUUAUUUUUUUUCUUCAUGACCAGAUCUCCAAAUAACAUUCAUAUAUUGCUUUUGUUGGUUUCCAAUUUAAAGCAACACUGGUGAUUGCGUUGGGGAGGAGGGCAUAAGGGGGAUAGAUGGUAAUGGAGAAAAUACAAUAAAAUAUAAGUUAAUUUAAAAAUAAGGCGGUUCUUUAAUAUGUAAUAUAAAGCUUCGCUAUUCUGCUUCCCAACCAUUACACAUCUCUCCCUUUUCCUCAGCAUAAUUACGAUACAUUGUUUACAGUAUUGACUGUGAUUAAGAAGUUUACAUUAUUAAGAUUAUGCAAUGCUGUGCAGAGCUGAAUGUAUUCUUACCCUAUAUGCAUUUUUUAUUUUAAUACUGUAUGUAAGUCUUUUUAUUUUCAUUUAUUGCGGUGACACUGGUUAAUAAAAUUUUAUAGGU